GCCUCCCUCGGGCUCCCCGCUCCCUCCCGCCGCCCCUUUCUCCCGCUUCCCUUUGCUGCCGGGGAUCGGGGCCGCCCCGCCGCCGCAGCGCAUGGCCGGCCAGUUCGGGAGCAUCUUGGUCGGCUCCUACCUGGAGAUCAAGCGCAGCGAUGGGCGCAUCCACCCGGCGCUGGUCACGGCGCUGCACCGGGACAGCUCCAGCCUCACCGUGGAGUGGGUCGAGCAGGGGGCCAACAAGGGCAAGAGGGUGGAGCUGCAGCUCGCCUUCGCCCUCAACCCCCACCUGGCCCCCGCCGCGCCCUGCUCCGCCCGAGGCGACCAGAGCCUCCCGGCCGAGCCGGCGGCCACGCCCGCCAAGCUGGAGCUGCCCGGCGGGGACUGCGGGGAGCCGGAGCCCGGCCGGCCCCGCGUGGGGCGCGGCAGCCCCUGCAGGAAAUCGCCGUGCGUGCGGCAGGUGGAGCGGCUGCAGGAGCUGCGCCAGAAGCGGCGGCUGCAGCAGCGGGAGCUGCGGGAGCAGCGGGCCCAGCAGGCGGCCGGCUCGCCGCACCCCAACUACGAGGUGAUCUGCAUGAUCCAGGAGUACCGGGGCCGCCUGCCUGGCGGGGCGCUGGGGGGCCCCGAGCCCGGCCCCCGCCAGCACCGGAUCCGCGUCUGCGUCCGCAAGCGGCCGCUCAACCCGCGGGAGGCCGGGCUGCAGGACUUCGACGUGGUGACCGUCCCCUGCCGGGGCGUGGUGGUGGUGCACGAAGCCCGGCAGAGGCUGGACCUCAGCCGCUACCUGGAGAGCCAGACCUUCCGCUUCGACCACGCCUUCGACGACAGCGCCCCCAACGAGCUGGUGUACAGGCACACGGCCCAGCCGCUGGUGGAGAGCAUCUUCCGCGGCGGCAUGGCCACCUGCUUCGCCUACGGCCAGACGGGCAGCGGCAAGACCCACACCAUGGUGGGGGACCUCUCAGCCAAGGGCCAGGGCUGCCCCAAGGGCGUCUACACCCUGGUGGCCCAGGAUGUCUUCUGCUGGCUGCAGGAGCCCAGCUACAAGCAACUGGAGCUCCAGGUCUACGGGGCUUUCUUCGAGAUCUAUGGGGGCAAGGUGUACGACCUGCUCAACUGGAGGAACCGGCUGAAGGUGCUGGAGGACGGCAAGCAGCAGAUCCAGGUGGUGGGGCUCCAGGAGGAGGAGGUCAGCUGCGUGGAGGAUGUCAUGAAGCUCAUCGAGAUGGGCAACCGGUGCAGGACAUCGGGCCAGACCUCUGCCAACACCCACUCCUCCCGCAGUCAUGCCAUCUUCCAGAUCAUCCUCCGGAAGAGAGGGAAGCUUCACGGCAAGUUUUCCCUGAUUGACUUGGCUGGGAAUGAGAGAGGAGCAGACACUGGCAGUGCGGACAGGCGGACGAGGCUGGAAGGGGCUGAGAUUAACAAGAGUCUCCUGGUACUCAAGGAAUGCAUCAGGGCCCUAGGACGCAACAAAGCCCAUACCCCGUUCAGGGCUAGCAAACUCACCCAGGUUUUAAGGGACUCGUUCAUAGGGGAGAACUCAUGCACCUGCAUGAUCGCCACCAUUUCUCCAGGGAUGAGAUCCUGUGAGCACACUCUCAAUACUCUAAGGUACGCCAACAGGGUGAAGGAACUGACUGUAGAUCCUAAUUUCCUUGGACAGUCACAUCCAAUCAUCACCCAGUUCCCAUAUCAGCUGGAUGACCUGAAGAAACCGUGGACUGUACAGAGCUUGCCUGAGACGGAUGAGUUCAAAGUAUUUUGUGUACAGAAAGAGGAGGAAGUCUCUCCUCAGUUGUUUACUUUCAAUGCCAGAGAGAAAGCCCAGAAGAAAAGAAAAGAGUUGGACGAGAAAGCACUUAUAGAGGAGCACCAGGAGUCUCUCCGAUGGUUGAAAGUAUUUCUGGAAGUGGCUGAAGAAAUAGAUUAUGACGUGGAUUUUUAUGCUGCACAGUUUGAAGCAGUCCUGGGGCAAAAGAUUGGCAUUCUGACUGAGAUCCAAGAUAAAGUGAAAUCAUUCCGGUCAAUCCUACAUAAGGAACAACAUGGCGGCAACCAGAUCAGUGUGAAGAGAUCCCGUGUUCUGUAAAUUGAGUGGAAAGAUUGUAAACUACUGUAAGAUGGCAAUUGUUAUGAUACUGUGGCUCUAGCCACCCAACAACUUGAUUGCUUAAAGGAUACUUAAAAGAUGUCUGUGGGAAUGUCCUGUUUGUUUUUCUCUUGAACGGCAUUUCGGGCUAGCAUAAAAACACUCCUGGGAUGUCGCCAGAUAAUUUCUUGCUGCAGACAGCAGAACCAUGCAGAGUGUAGGAGCUAAUCACUAGGGAAAAGCAGGGAACUCGUAGAAAAGAAAUCUAAUCCAUGUGUGCAGGCUUCCCUCAUAUCCCUUUAAAAUAUAUAUAUAUUUGUACCUUUCUAGAUACUGCCUAUUCCCACAUUCUGUCAACCUGUAUCAACUUGAGAACAGAUUCCCCGGGGAGUUAGGCAUUUUGAGUGAUUUUUAAAGGUGUUAAAGUGCAAAGCACUGCCAUUUCUAUUCUGAGAAUGAUACUUUUGGAGAAUGUGGGUUAUUUUGUGCAUACAUAGCAUAAGCAAUAAGCAUAUAGAAUAUGCCCCUUCUAUUUUUUUUCUCUCUCAACUGUGUUCUUGUGAGUCAUUUAAAAAAAGAAAAGAAAAACCUCUUCCUUCUCAGAAAUCAGGCCAAGGAAUAAGAUAUUGUCCUAUGACUGUCCUCUGGGGAGAAAUUCAAAAUCAAAAGUGAUGUGCCUUCAAGGGCUAGAGAGGGAAGCAGGGGAUACAGUGCCCUGUAUCAAAGGCCUUGAAGAGAGGCAAUUUGCCAGACCAAAGGGCCAGAAAAGCUGCAUUCACCAAGGUGCCACAAGUACUCCUUUUCUAUUCACCAAAGUGCUAUCUGAUAAGUGCACAUUACCAUGCUAAAGGCAUAAGAUGAGAGAUAGCCUUAGAUUGUUGCAUCAUCCCUGAUGUGAAAUACCACAGAAACUGCUCUAUGUUGGAUAGCAGUUAUGCUAAUCCUUCUGGUACAUAUCUACACUUAUUUAUUUUAGAAAUUAAUUUGUUUAAAUUCCUGAGCAAUAUAUGGCAACAAAUAAAUAUUUGUGAGAUUAAAGUGUGUAAAUAAUACAUAAUUAAUUGAUGGCAGUCUCUGCUCUUUUCCUCUUCCUACUUGCCUUUUGAUACCAUCAACCAGUUUAUCCUAUUGCGCAUCUGAGGUCCUGGUCCAGAGCCUGUUGAAGUCAAUGGAAGAACUCCUGUUGACUUCAAUGGCCUUUGGAACGGGCUCAGAAAUAGAAGCUGGUGUCUCCAAUAGUCUCCUUCAUAGUUCAGAUGCCAUCAGUAAUUCUAAUGCUCCCUUUCCAUUUCUGGUAGAAGAUUUGUCCUCUUGUCCCUUUAGCUGUGGGUAGCUGUGUUGAAGGAAGCUGUAUCUACAGUGGUGGAUUUGUUAGACACAAAUGUUUAAAUGCUGAUUGACUAGUAGUAAUACUCAGGACUUUUCAUCUUCAAAGCCCUUUUCAAACAUUGGUGUAUUAGCAUCUCGUUUCUUCCAGCACUAAUAGCUUAUGCAAUUACCUCAUUCUUCUCUGGAUAGCAUUAUUGGAUGUCAAAUUAAGAGAUGCUGUUCCCAAGAGCAAGUACAAAGCCUGGGAAAUGGCAGUUUCCUGUUGAAAAAAGUCUCCGGUAUUCCAAAAAUAACUUUGGGAGAGGGUGGGGAGUUCCCCCUCCCUUAUGGCUCCUUCCUGGGUUUUGUGGAAGAGAAAACUCUUUGAGGUUCCCCAUCUGACAUCUCCUCUGAAUUCAUGUAUCAGAGGUGAUGAUGGAGAGGUGGGGUUGAAAGAGAUACCAGAUCCUAAAUCCCACCUAGGCCUGCAUCCCACCUAAAUCCAAACUGGAGCUGAACUGCCAGGUAAUCUCAAACUGGGAAACUUCCCCUGACCCUCCCCUUUAACUGUGUGUGUGUGAAGAGGAGGGUUCCACAGCAUGGAGUGGCUCUGUGAAGAAGUUAAUGCAACCUGGAGUCAUAAUAUCUUUUGCACAGAUUCCCUUUACGGACUGGGGGUGGGUGAUGCUCACUCCCUGUGCUUGUCCCAAAUGCUGAAUCCAGGCCUAUGUUCCUAAUGCUGGAGUGCGUGCUAGUGUCCAAGGUGUAAAGCUGUGGAAUAAAGUAUAUUAGCAACACGGUUAUGCAUUGAGUUGGGCGUAUUAGAAGUAAAGUUUUAAUAAGCUGAAAAAAAUUCUAGCAGGACAUUAUGGUUUGCAUCAUGGACAUGAAACAGAUGGGCAUUUUUUUGUUUAUACCUACGUCAGCGGUUGGCAACCGUGGGCAUGCGGCCCAUCAUGGUAAUCCGCUGGCGUGCCGCGAGACAUUUUAUUUAUGUUGACCAUUCGCAGGCACGGCCCCUCACAGCUGUUCACAGUGGCCGCAGUUCGUCAUUCCCAGACAAACACCCUGAUGGGCCGCGUGCCAAAGGUUGCUGACCCAUGACCUACAUGAUAAGGAGUCUCUCUGGGUCUCAGUUUGGGAAGUGACUCAUGAGCACAGUCUGCUGGUUCCUAGGGAACUAGCAAAGUAGUUAAUUGAAUGAGCAUUUGCCAUUCAAAUCAUUAUAUAAUUUAUAGAUUCACCUUGUUUCUCCCUUCCUGUAAUUUGAUUAUCUUCUCUUCUGUAUCGUCCUUUGCUUUAGCAAACUUGCUGCAUAAUCAGAAAUCAUUUGAUCUUGUAUAGAGGUGAGCAAAACUCAUCCAUUAUGGUUUCUGGGGCUCUGUUCAAGCUUUUUCUUUGGUUUUUCUGUAUGUGGAUUUGCAACAGCAAACUUCACUUUGUGUUUUGGGUUUGAAACUGUGGAUUAAGCAGAUUUUAAAAACAAACAAAAAAACCCAGCAACAAUAAACACACACGUAAAU